AUGCGCCCACCCGCAACCAUCACACGGCUGAGGCCAAGGCAGCCCACGCCUCCCACCGCACUGCAGCUCGCCACUACGACUAGCCUCGCACCACCACCGGCGCCAUCAAGGCAGACACAGACACGCUCGUUCUCGCGCCUCUUCCCACCAACCCCCGUCGACCCACGGCGCCGCGCAGCGUCCACCUCGGCGUCAAACACGGACUGGCUCGCAUGGCUCAAGAAGGCCGGCCCGCUCUCCGUGCUCUCGGGCGACGAGACGCCCCGCCGCGCGCUCAUCCUCCCCGGUCUUGGGAGCUACCCACACACACCGCAGGCAGCGACCCCGUCCUCGAUCGCUGUCUGGGAGCAGGCCUCGGAGGCCCUCCUCAACCCCGACGCCACGAUCGGGUACUGGACUGAAGGCAUGGAGGAGUUUGCAGGCAUGCUCCAGGGUGGCGGCGGCCACGGCAUGCGCGGCUGGCUCCGUGGAUGGGUCGAGGGCCGGUCUCUGGACGAGCUCAUGGCCCGCGCCGACGUCACGGCAGCGUUCAUCCUCUCGUCUUCGAUCGCCAUCCUCGCUUCCGAACAGGAGCGCUCGGGCUCGUCGUCUCUUCUGCCAAGGGGAACCGGCUACCUCGCCGGCCACGGGUUCGUCGGCACGCUCACGGCUCUGGUCGCGAGCGGCCGCCUGGACCUCACAACCGGUGUGCGGCUCGCACGCAUGUAUGCGAGUCUGCCCGCGGCUCCGGCCUCGCUGCCAAACCAGCGGCACUCGACCACGGUGCUCUCGGCCAGGCACUACCACUCGCUCUCUUCUCCCUCGCAGAGCGUGCCGUUUGAGGACCCGUUCGGAGAGUGGGGCGACGUGCAGCGCCGGAAACGCGCAAUGCAGCUCAUCCUCGACGAGGUCCACGCCCUCCAGCACGAGUGGGAGGUUGAGGGCCAGGGCGACUGGGCCGAAGCCGCCGUCAUCAACAGCUCGAAAGUGCUCAGCGUGACGGGCACCUCGAUGGCCGUCGAGCAGCUCAUCGACCGACUCCAGUCGCUCACCCUCGCCAACCCGGUCAUGGAAGUCAAGAUGCCAUGCCCAUACCACACCCGGCUCAUGCUGCACGCCGUGCCAAAGUUUGCCGACACGCUCCAGCGCUGCAUCUUCUCGCACGCAAAGGAAGGCGACCCGGUCAUUCUCGACCCGAUCACGACGCGCAACAUUUGCGGAUCACCCGAGGGCGCGCUCCUCUCGCACCUCACAAACCAGCUUCGCUGGCACAAGACGCUCACGCGCAUCUACUCGCAGCCCUCGCCCCCCGUCGACCAGUUCCUGACUGUCGGCCGCGGCGCAAAGGGCCUCGGCGUCAUGCUCCGCGGCGAGCUCAAGAAGCGCCCCGCUGGCGCGCCCGCCAUCUCGGUCGACGAGUAUGGCGUGCAGGAGGCGCAGAGGGCCGAGGAGGGCGCCUCGAGCCGCAGCGCAAACACCCGACCGGUGCGUCCAGUUCGCAUCCCGGCUCGACUGUAA